GGAGGGAGGGGGGGAGGAGGAGUCGGGGCUGCAAGUUAAGAAAUCGGAGUUAGAGGCGGUGAAGGAGAGGGGAGAUGUCGGAUUUGGACCGUCAAAUCGAGCAGCUGAAGCGGUGUGAGCCGCUGAAGGAGUCGGAGGUGAAGGCGCUGUGCCUCAAGGCCAUGGAGAUCCUCGUUGAGGAGAGCAACGUGCAGAGAGUCGAUGCUCCGGUCACGAUAUGUGGUGACAUUCAUGGUCAGUUCUAUGACAUGAAGGAACUAUUCAAAGUAGGAGGCGAUUGCCCUAAGACAAAUUACCUAUUUUUGGGUGAUUUUGUUGAUCGGGGUUUUUAUUCAGUUGAAACAUUUUUGCUUCUGCUAGCACUGAAGGUGAGGUAUCCAGACCGGAUAACUCUAAUACGAGGGAACCAUGAAAGCCGGCAGAUCACACAGGUAUAUGGAUUCUAUGAUGAGUGUCUUCGCAAGUAUGGUUCUGUGAAUGUGUGGAGAUAUUGCACAGACAUUUUUGAUUACUUGAGUCUGUCAGCGUUGAUCGAAAACAAAAUAUUUAGUGUUCAUGGGGGUCUUUCUCCUGCCAUAACAACACUAGAUCAGAUAAGAACAAUUGAUCGCAAGCAAGAAGUGCCCCAUGAUGGAGCCAUGUGUGAUCUGCUAUGGUCAGAUCCAGAAGAUGUCGAUGGCUGGGGGCUAAGUCCUAGGGGUGCAGGUUUCUUGUUUGGAGGAAACGUUGUGACAUCAUUCAACCAUGCAAACAACAUUGAUUAUAUUUGCCGUGCACAUCAACUCGUAAUGGAAGGGUACAAAUGGAUGUUCAAUAACCAGAUUGUAACAGUCUGGUCUGCUCCAAAUUAUUGUUACAGAUGUGGUAAUGUGGCUGCUAUUCUGGAGCUCGACGAGAAUCUGAACAAGCAAUUUCGUGUUUUUGAAGCUGCGCCGCAUGAAUCUAGAGGAGUUCCUUCAAAGAAACCAGCCCCUGAUUAUUUUCUCUGAAUACCAAAGUAGAAGAAGAAGAGGUGUAAUCUUAUUUCGCAAGUUCCUCAGGUUUUCUCGCAAAUCCUGGUGUCGAGCUCAUUCAACUAUGUUGCAGUGAAUGGAAUAGAAAUGGAGAGAUCGCUAUUUAAUAUUCUAGAGGCGCUCUCAUCUCUAUAUCUGAUGGCCAUUGUGUGUUGUUUCACAUGCCGUGGGGAAGUGAGAUGUUGACUCAUUACCAUCUUCAUCACACUUUCUCGAAUAUUGGAUGGAAACUCUUUUUUGUUUUUUUUGGUUUUUUGCCAGCUAGAAAGGUUUAAAAAAUCAAUAUGAAUCAGCUGGUUCGAUCGGUUAUCAUUGGGAAAAAUCAUGAUUCGAUAGAUCGAUUGGUUUGGGUUUGAACUAUAUCCUUUUUAUAUGACCUUUUGGUUUUUCAUGUGUACUUGUAUUCUAGGAGCAUUUCUUCUUCCUUGUAUUAGUCGAUGAGGUGAACUUCAUGAUUG